AUGCCUCCCGUCUCCCAGUAUGUCGAACGGCCCGCAACCGGUGCCAAAUCUCAGUUCAAGCCAGGCCAUAAAAUUCCAAUCCAACAUUUGACCAAGCCGGGCCUCGAGUCGGACAUGGCAGACCCAAAGCCCGUCUUCGACCAAAUUCCUACCGAAGACGGUGGCUACCAGAAAUACAAGGCAGCCGGUAAGCUGCAAGGCAAGAGGGCCAUUAUUACCGGUGGCGACUCUGGAAUUGGGCGAGCUACGGCGAUUCUCUAUGCGAUGGAGGGGGCGUCAAGCUUGAUCAUCUAUUUGCCGGAGGAGGAAUCGGAUGCUAAGGAAACGAAAAGACUGGUUGAGGAGCAUGGAGCAAAAUGCCACUGUCUGGCGACUGAUCUGCGGAAGCGAGAGAAUUGCAAGAAGGUGAUCGAUACCGCUCUGCAAACUAUGGGAGGCAUCGAUAUUCUGGUCAACAAUGCGGCCUUUCAACAUAUGCUCACUGAUAUCAGUGAGCUCGACGAGGACCAGUGGGAAAGAACCUUCGAUACGAACAUCCAUCCAUUCUUCUAUCUCUCAAAGUAUGCUCUGCCUCACAUGAAACGAGGAUCUACCAUCAUCAAUUGUUCAUCUGUCAACCAUUACAUCGGCCGUGGCGAUUUGCUCGACUACACGUCGACCAAGGGAGCCAUCGUGGCAUUCACACGAGCCUUGUCGAAUCAGCAGCUCAAAAAUGGUAUUCGCGUCAACUGCAUUUGUCCAGGUCCUAUCUGGACCCCCCUCAUUCCAUCAACCAUGCAGACUAGUGCCAUGGAGCAGUUCCACACAGUACCCAUUGGACGGCCGGGGCAACCGAGUGAAGUGGCAACAUGCUUCGUUUUUCUGGCUAGCCAAGAUAGCAGUUAUAUUGCGGGCCAGUGUCUUCACCCGAAUGGCGGAGUCAUGGUGAACGGUUAA